ACUCUUUCCUCCGCGAUCCGAGGGCAAGUCGUCUAGCACGUUGUUGUCGUAUGCUCUCAACAAGGUCCGGUGACUCCCGCAUUCUACCCGAACGGCUGGGCAUGUCCUCUGCGCCGAUAUUUCCAUUCUUCCAGGUGCUUGUCUAGAUUACUAUUUUCUCUUACGCGCAUCUUUCUUGCUUCUCUCGUUUCAUCUCGUGACAUUUUUCUUUACCUGCUGACCAAUACCAAUUUGGUCUCGUGUGCUAUUUAUCGUUCAUAGCCUGCGGGCUCCUUGUGGCAAUUCAACUCUUUUGAAAACCACGACUCACUGUUCCGAACACGGACGAGUAAACAAGCCUAUCCUGCAAGGCAUUGUCUCGCCGAGCAGCAGAUCCAACAGCCUUGCGCUCAGAGAGCCGCUACCCUCUAGUAAACCCCGAGCGUCCUCGGCAGCACCAUGCUUCCUCCGAUCCCCCGCGUCGAAGACUAUGGCAUCUCGCCAGAAAGAGGCUUCCUUCCCUCAGAACUGCCGCUGCAUUGUCUGCCACAUCCCGUCUACGAUCGCUGGGAGCGGAUCAUCAACAACUUCCAGUCGCUGUUGCUGUCAAAAAGAUUAAGGGCUGUCAUCGACAAAUUACCCGUCAUCCCCGCAGUUCACCUAGAGACCGAGGCCGAGUGGCGCAGAGCAUAUACUGUUUUGACAUUUUUGGCACAUGGCUACAUCUGGGGCGGAGACAAACCUUCAGAGCGAUUGCCACCAUCCAUCACCUACCCUCUCCUACAAGUCUCCGACUACCUUGAACUCCCUCCCGUCGCCACCUACGCCGGGCUUUGUCUGUGGAAUUGGAAACCGCUUUUCCUUUCCGACAGCCUCGUAUUGGAAAAUCUCUCCACUUUGAUCACCUUCACAGGUUCGCUGGACGAACAAUGGUUCUAUUUGGUCAGUGUGGCUAUGGAGGCAAAAGGAGGCCCUUCAAUACCCCUCAUGUUGAACGCGAUGCAAGCUGCCCGAGACAAUGAUGUGGAAACAGUGACAAAGUGUCUCCAGUCAUUUGCCCAGACGCUGGACGAACUGGGCACGCUGCUGGUGAGGAUGUACGACAGCUGCGAUCCUCACGUUUUCUAUCACCGAAUACGACCCUUCCUGGCCGGAAGCAAAAACAUGAAAGACGCUGGCCUACCCCACGGCGUGUUUUACGACGAUGGUAGCAAACAGUCAAGAUGGCGGCAGUAUGGUGGCGGAUCCAAUGCCCAAAGCAGCAUGAUCCAAUUCUUCGACAUUGUCCUCGGGGUCGAGCACAGACCUACUGGGUCUAAAAAGGAUGAGACCUCGGAAUCGGAAGCCGAGCCGGGAGCAGCCCCAAAGGUGCGCCAUAACUUCAUCCACGAGAUGAGACAGUAUAUGCCUGGCCCUCAUCGGAGGUUCCUUCAAGCAGUGGAAGGAGUCGCCAAUAUUCGGGAUUUUGUCGAGUGCCACAAUUCGAAUCAACAGCUGACCGUCUCAUAUGAUGCGUGUCUCGCCAUGCUGCGAGCUCUUCGAGACAAGCAUAUCCAGAUGGUGUCGAGGUACAUCAUCGUCAAGAGCCGAGAAUCCAGGAGCAUGUCGAGGACACGGAGAGAGAGCAGUCCUGAUCCGAUCCCUCGGGGUGGCACGGGAAUUGCGUCAAUCCGCUAUGGCCGGCCUGACGAAGCAGGAACUGCGCAGAGAAAGAAGAAGAUGCGUGGGACUGGUGGAACCGCGUUGAUCCCGUUCUUAAAGCAGGCGAGAGACGAGACUGGUGAGCCAGCAAUCGAUGCCUGGGCCCGCAAACUCCUCAUGGGAGGCCGCCGCACAGAAGCCGACGCUGAGAUUGCAUUCGAGGAUAGAAUCACUCGCGCCGAGAAUCUGGAUGCAGAUGAACCGCAGAUUGUGGGGAUGGCUGGUGCUUGGGACCUGGAGGACGCAGGUGGUGGUCUUUGCGCUUAUUGAACUGCGGCUUGCGCAAGUAUUCUUGGGCUUGUAUGUACAUACUGAUACAUGGUGGGGCAUUCAACGUGCACUACAGAUACAGCGCUCGGACCGGAGGUAUUUUGCUGAGGCAGCUAAAGUGGCACAUAUCACACCACGGGCUGCUUGAAUACUCUCCCUACUCCAGACAUGGGAAAAGGGGCUAUCAACACGUGAUUCAGUGCACGUGAUACUGACUUUGGUCCGAAGAUUUGCCGGACCAACUUCAACUUUCACCUUCAUCUCCAACCAGUGCUAACUCGACAUCAAUGUCACAGCCUCUUUCAACAGGUGCGAAAACCCCAUGAAUGCUCAGACGCUCAUAUUCCAGAAUAGCCACUUGUCCAGUGUGAGAGAUAGGAAAUGUGGUUUGUUCCAAGCUGUCGUGAUGGGCAUUCAACAGCUCUUGUACAUUCCUAGUCAGUAACGCUUUCCUUUCAUUGUGCUCUGUCAGAAAUAAGGUAAUGAAAGGUCUACUGCCGCCAGCAUUGCGGAGGGUUCAUGGGCUUGCAAGAUGGUAAUAUACAUUCUAUACCUUGUUAUUUUGCAGGAGAGCUUUGCAGUAUGUUGGGGAGCCCGGUAGGUUGAGUUCCGGACAUCAAUCGCAAAACGAAGAAUCCACCAACUUACACCCGG